AUGUCAUCCCCAGACAAUAAUAAUGGGUCCGGGUGCCGGAUCCCCCAGCGACAACAAUCGCCCGAGGCAGGGAAUUCCCACUUAACUGACAAUGGGAAACCUGUAGACGCGGAGCGAGCUAAGGACGAAAACAACUAUCGUGAGCCUGCAAAAACCACUGGCAAAAUACCAGGCCGAACCCGGAAGGGAACGAGCUCGAAGAGCGUGUCUGACGCGAAGGGUGAAGGAUCACACAACCCGCAGUCCUAG